CAAGAACCCCCACCCAUCCCCUUCUGUCCCCGCCUUCUAACGCCGGAGAAUUUGGCGAGGUUAUGGCGAGCAAGACGAAGAUUUACCUCAUCAUGGAAUAUGUCCGGGGAGGGGAGCUUUUCAACAAGGUGGCUAAGGGGCGGUUGAAGGAGGAAGCCGCCCAGAAAUAUUUUCAGCAGCUGAUCACCGCCGUGGAUUUCUGCCACAGCCGCCGCAUGUACCACCGCGAUUUGAAGCCGCAGAAUCUUCUGCUGGACGAGAUGGGGAAUCUUAAAGUGUCUGAUUUUGGGCUGAGCGCGCUAGCGGGGGAUCUUCGACAUCGUCACGCUUCCUUCCCCUCUCCCGCCAAAGACACCGCUUUUCUCCCGCCACGCCCUACACCGGUUGAGACAAGAUUUCUGAGACGGCGGCGUUGAGAUCGGAGAACUGGAGGAGUGCGUCGAGGUCGCCGGAGAAGGAGGAACAUUGUUACCCGACGAGAGGGUCGGCGGAGGAAAAUGGGAAGCAUCAUCUCUUCUCUUCUCUUCUUAUAUUUUCCCUUUUGUUUUUUUCUGACCAAUUUUGUUAAGAUCUGUGAUAGGGUUGGUGGAAGUUGACUUACUCUUUUUUAUUUUUUA